UUUGCCUGCUAAGGGGAAAUUCGCACUAGAGCACUCUGCACAGACGCAGGAAACAUCCUUGUGCUUUGACUGUCUUGGCCUCGUUAGAUAACUGAGAAAAGAAGCAUACAUGUAAAUCCCUGUAUGUGCGGCCAGUAAAAUCCUAUUUUUCUACUUUAGUUUUAAUUUUCACUCUUUCUCUUGACAGUGUAACAGAAACUUCCCUAUUACUCUCACUGACGUUAAGGGGAGGAAUUUUUACAAACGUGCGAGGGGUGGGUUGAAUUCAUUGCUACGCCGUCAGAAGGACCUGAGUUAGUGGACGGAGGACAGAGAGAGGGAGAGAGUGAGGGAUCGAGAAAGAGAGAAGGAAAGCGAGAGAGAGAGAGAGAGAGAGCGACCACGAUGGAGCUGAGGAUCCAGUUGAUCCCUACUGGUGAGAUCAUCCUGUCCCCUGGGAAUAAUGGAGAGAGCUACUGCCACAGCUGCACCAAGGCUGUGGGGAGUGACGGCGUGCGGAUCAGCAUGGAGAGUGCCCUGACGGCCAGGGACCGGGUGGGUGUCCAGGACUUUGUCCUGCUGGAGAACCACACCAGCGAGGCGGCCUUCAUCGAGAACCUGCGCAAGCGCUUCAAGGAGAACCUCAUCUAUACAUACAUCGGCUCAGUCCUGGUGUCGGUGAACCCCUACAAGGAUCUGGAGAUCUACACCAAGAACCACAUGGAGCGCUACCGAGGCGUUAACUUCUACGAGGUCUCUCCCCACGUCUACGCGGUGUCUGACAACUCGUACCGGUCCAUGCGGACGGAGCGUAAGGACCAGUGCAUCCUCAUCUCGGGGGAGAGCGGUGCCGGCAAGACGGAGGCCUCAAAGAAGAUCCUGCAGUACUACGCCGUGACCUGUCCCGCCAGCGACCAGGUGGAGACUGUCAAGGACCGCCUGCUGCAGUCCAACCCUGUCCUAGAGGCUUUUGGAAACGCCAAAACGUUGCGCAACGACAACUCCAGCCGCUUCGGCAAAUACAUGGACAUCCAGUUUGACUUCAAGGGUGCACCGGUAGGGGGCCACAUCCUCAACUACCUGCUGGAGAAGUCACGGGUGGUGCACCAGAACCACGGAGAGAGGAACUUCCACAUCUUCUACCAGCUGAUUGAGGGGGGUGAGGAGGACCUGCUGCGGCGCCUAGGCCUGGAGAGGAACCCCCAGCAGUACCAGUACCUCGUCAAGGGGAACUGUCCCAAGGUGAGCUCCAUCAACGACCGCAGCGACUGGAAGGUGGUGAGGAAGGCCCUGUCUGUCAUCGGCUUCAGCGAGGACGAGGUGGAGGAGCUGUUAAACAUUAUUGCCAGUGUUCUUCACUUGGGCAACAUUCAGUAUGGAGGAGAAGACAGCGGCAAUGCCUACAUCACUACAGACACACAGAUCAAAUACCUGGCGAGGUUACUCAGUGUGGAUGGCUUGGUCCUGAAAGAAGCGCUCACACACAAGACGAUCAUCGCCAAAGGGGAAGAGCUGAAGAGCCCUCUGAACCUGGAGCAGGCGUCGUCGGCCCGGGACGCCCUGUCUAAGGCCGUGUACGGCCGCACCUUCACCUGGCUGGUCAACAAGAUCAACGUCUCCCUGGCUUACAAGGAUGAGACCUAUAAAAACGCUUCAGUCAUUGGCCUGCUGGAUAUCUAUGGUUUUGAAGUCUUCCAGCACAACAGUUUUGAGCAAUUCUGCAUUAACUACUGCAACGAGAAGCUGCAGCAGCUCUUCAUCGAGCUCACCCUCAAGUCCGAGCAGGAUGAGUACGAAGCGGAGGGAAUCACGUGGGAGCCUGUGCAGUACUUCAACAACAAGAUCAUCUGUGAUCUGGUGGAGGAGAAGUUCAAAGGCAUCAUCUCCAUUCUGGACGAGGAGUGCCUGAGGCCAGGGGACGCCAGUGACAUCACCUUCCUGGAGAAGUUGGAGAAUACUGUGGGAGGCCACGCCCACUUGACAACUCACAAGCUGGCCGAUGGAAAGACCCGGAAGGUGAUGGGCCGAGAGGAGUUCAGACUGCUGCACUACGCUGGAGAGGUCAACUACAACGUCAACGGCUUCCUGGACAAGAACAAUGACCUCCUCUUCAGGAACUUGAAAGAGGUCAUGUGUAUGUCUGAUAAUAAGAUUCUGACCCAGUGCUUUGACCGGGCGGAGCUGAAGGACAGCAAGAGACCUGAGACGGCAGCGACCCAGUUCAAGACCAGCCUGGCCAAGUUAAUGGAGAUCCUGAUGUCCAAGGAGCCGUCGUACGUGCGCUGCAUCAAGCCCAACGAUGCCAAGCAAGCAGGACGGUUCGACGAUGUUCUCAUCAGGCAUCAGGUGAAGUACCUGGGUCUGAUGGAGAACCUCCGCGUGAGGAGAGCUGGCUUCGCCUACCGCCGCCACUAUGAGACCUUCCUCCAGAGGUAUAAGUCCCUGUGCCCGGAGACCUGGCCUAGCUGGCAGGGCAAGCUGGCAGACGGAGUCUCCACACUGGUCAAACACCUGGGUUACAAACCUGAGGAGUACAAACUGGGCAGAUCCAAAAUCUUCAUCCGUUUUCCAAAGACCCUGUUCGCCACAGAGGACGCGCUGGAAACGAGGAAACACAGCCUCGCCAGCAAACUGCAGUCAUCCUGGAAGGGCUACAGCCAGAAGACCAAAUACCGCAAACUCCGAUCAUCAGCGGUUGUGGUCCAGGCGUGGUGGAGGGGCAUCCUGGCCUGUAGGAGGGCACAGCGCAAGAGGCAGGCCGCCAACACCAUCCGCAGGUUCAUCAAGGGCUUCAUCUACCGCCACAAUGAGCGUUGUCCUGAGAAUGAGUACUUCCUGGAUUAUGUGCGCUACUCCUUCCUGAUGAAGCUGCGCAGGAACCUCCCCAAGUCGGUCCUGGACAAGAGCUGGCCCACGGCGCCGACCGCCCUCAUCGAGGCGUCGGAGCAGCUCCGUAAACUGUACAUGCAGAACAUGGUGUGGGGCUACUGCAAGAGGAUCAACCCAGAGUGGAAACACCAGUUGGAGCAGAAAUUGGUGGCCAGUGAGAUCUUCAAAAACAAGAAGGACAACUACCCCCAAAGUGUCCCAAAGCUCUUUAUGGGCACAAGACUCAAUGGAGAGGAGAUUAACCCCAAGGUGUUGCAGUCACUUGGCAGUGAGAAGAUGAAGUAUGCAGUCCCAGUGACCAAGUACGACAGGAAGGGCUACAAGGCUCGACCAAGGCAGCUGCUGCUCACCUCCAACUGUGCCGUCAUCGUGGAGGAGGCCAAGCUCAAGCAGCGCAUCGACUACGCCGCCCUCAAAGGUAUCUCAGUCAGUUCUCUCAGUGACGGUGUCUUCGUACUGCACGUGCCCACUGAAGACAAAAAACAGAAGGGAGAUGUGGUGCUUCAGAGUGACCACAUCAUCGAGACCCUGACCAAAGUGGCCAUUUGUGCCGACAAGGUCAACAGCAUCAACAUCAACCAGGGAAGUAUAACUUUCACGAUGGGCCAAGGUAAGGAAGGGAUCAUAGACUUCACCUCUGGUUCUGAGCUGCUGGUUGCCAAGGCGAAGAAUGGCCACCUCUCAGUGGUGAGUCGGAAUAACGGAGGGAUAUAAAGCAUCAGUCCUCCCCUACAGGACUAAUACAACUGCCCCUCGACUGAACUCAAGAUGAUAGACAUGGCUGAUCAUCUGACCACGCCAAGGAAGUCCUUCCUGGAAUACGCUCCUAUUCACCAAUCACCACCGCAGACCCUUCUCUGCCUAAGCCAAUCAAAUGCCAGCUCUCGCUACAGGAACGGGCAUGUGCUUCCAAUUAAGAGAAAGUCAAGCGAUUGAAUUAAUUGAUAUUUAUGUUUUAUAUAUUUUGGGGAUUAAUGCUUGUUAUUUGAAUAUUACGAUUUUAUUAUAUGAAGCCAAGGAAUAACAAUGUUUUGGUGCAUUUUCCUGCACUACUUCUGCUUAAUUUGGGGACAUGAACAAGCAGUCAAUGAGGGUGUAUCGGGUCUCCUUUUUCUUUCCGUCAUUCUUUUUUCACAAUAUUUUCUCUGUUCAGUAAUGUAGACGUUGCACCCUCUCUGAUACUACUCUUAACUGUUUGGGGGCAGAGGCUUUUGUUAUAGUGGAAAUGACGUAGAUGGCUGAUGGUAUGUAGAGGCUAGGUUUGUUUUGAGCUAUCGAGGAGAAGGGAGUUUGGUAGAGAAGGUCAUAAUGAAGAGUUAUUUUUUUUCAAACUUUUGUCGACUCGGACACAAUGCUCUUGAGGUUUUCCAUCCGAAGGGAUAUUAGCAGAAAAGUCAUGUGCGUGUGUGACCUUUUGACCCAGAGCAUACUGGCCAGAAUGUGGAGUACAUUUGGUCUGUGCAGUGCCAUAGAUCUCUAAAUCGUUGUUUGAUGUAAAUAUCACGGAGGAGCCCAAAUGGAAGCGUAAACCAAAGCAUUUUGGUGAUGAGAAAUGUGUUUUUAUAAUUGAUUUAUAAUGGAAACUGGUCUUUACAAUGUAUAAUAGAGAUAAAGGAAAAAGGCAAGAGAAAGGAAAUGGGGGGGGGGGGGGGGGGUAGUAAAGAAUAGAAUAGUCUUUGCGUUUUAUCUCUUGUUUUCCACCCAACAAUUGUGCCUUUCUCCUUUACUAAGUUAUUGUUAAUGGAUUAUUUAUAUGUUGAUACACCAAUUAAACAAUGACACUUUGGGGAUGA